UUCACGGGGAGAGACCGAGGAGCAGCCCUGAGCCCUUGGCUGUGGGGGGUGGGGAAACUGACUCCACUUGACCCCCUCCCUCGUGCCGAUGGGGCAGCCCCCACACCCAUGGGCGCUGGCACCCCGGCAGGCCCCCGGGUUUUGGAAAAGGAAGCUGCAGCCCGGCUGCGCCUGACCGGAGCCGGCUGAGGAUGCUCUCCAGGCGGAGGGACCCGCUGGCCCCCGGGCCGGGAGGCGAUGUUUAGGCAGCGACCCCCCCGAGGCUGCCGGGGCCAUCCUGGCCGCGGGCCCGCCGGGACGCCCCUGCUCGCCGCGCCCCUCCCCGGGCCGUGGCACGUCCCCCGAGCCGCGCAGUAUUUCCUUCCUGCACCUUUAAGAAGACCGUUGCUCCGUGGUGGGAUGGUGUGUUAAAGCCACACAGAGGAAGUUACGCAGCCCGGAUCAGACCGAGAGAUAAAAGCCCCGAUGGUGAUCGUGAGUGAUGGCAAGAGGAUUUAGCCUCGGCAUUAACUUGGAGCGGAGUGCAGGGGGGCGGUGAAGCGCCCGCCAUCUGGCCCGCGCCGCGCCGGGGGGAUGCCCCGGCUCCCCGACGAGCCGCCGCGAAGCCCACCCGGGCCGGGGGCUGCUAGGCGCCCGAGCGCGGGUCCUCCCCGGGCCGCCCAGGGGGGCCAAAAAGUUUGCACUUGUUAGCGGCGACCUCCCGCUCGGCCCGGGCGGGCGAUGCGGGCGGCUCGAGCGGCCCCCUCCCCCGGCCCGCGUCUCCGGGACGGCAGCGGGCGGCCCCCCCGGCGGCCGGAGGGCUCCCCGGCCCCGAUCUGACGGCGGCGGCGGCCACAGCGGCGGGAGCGGCGCGGGGAAGGAGCUGCGGCUCGCAGCUCUCGGCCCGGGCCCCCACCCAGCGCCAGCCCGAGGCGGGAGGAGCAGCGCCGGAGGGUGGCGGUCCUCGGCCCUCCCGGGUCUCCGCGCCGGGAAGCCGCUCCGAGCCGGGACAAGCCAGACCCCAGGUACCUGGAUGGAUUGAGAGCUGAGAUCUCAGAAACUUCAUAAUAAGUUGCCGAUGGCUACCAGCCAAGGCUGGAAGGUUGUUCUGCAGUUGUGUUGAGCACCUCACCCACUAAGAGCCCUUUAAAGACCUGGAUUGAUUGGAAGGACAAAAAUUAAAAGCAAUCUGAUCCGGCCUCAUGCAGGAUCCCUGCGGAUUUUCUCCUCAUCCCAUUUCCAUCCACUGUCACAAUUUGAGAGUCUGCCUGAUUUGAUCAGCUUCACCUCCGGGGGAGGUGUGAUGCCAAGGUUAGGAGGAUGUGAAGUUAUGGGCAACUUUCUGAUCUGCCCAUCAGGACUCUGAGAAACGCUGGCUCUGAAUUUUCCAUCUUGGCCUUUGGGAAACAACAAGUUCCUCGCUGUUUGCAAAGCUUCAGUGCUCGGGGCCCUGGGACACCCUGGCCACCCUCGCCUGGUCGAUGUGGCAUUUCCAUGCUGAGCCCGAGAGUCCCGCCUGAUCCCAUCGCUGCCUCUCCAGGGCGUCGCUGGGCCGCGCCCCUGCGGACUGCGCAGCCAUGCUGCACCUGCUGGCACUCUUCCUGCACUGCCUCCCGCUGGCCUCUGGGGACUACGACAUCUGCAAAUCCUGGGUGACCACGGAUGAGGGCCCCACCUGGGAGUUCUACGCCUGCCAGCCCAAGGUGAUGCGCCUGAAGGACUACGUCAAGGUGAAGGUGGAGCCCUCCGGCAUCACGUGCGGAGACCCCCCUGAGAGGUUCUGCUCCCACGAGAAUCCCUACCUGUGCAGCAACGAGUGCGACGCCUCCAACCCGGACCUGGCCCACCCGCCCAGGCUCAUGUUCGACAAGGAGGAGGAAGGCCUGGCCACCUACUGGCAGAGCAUCACGUGGAGCCGCUACCCCAGCCCGCUGGAAGCCAACAUCACCCUUUCGUGGAACAAGACCGUGGAGCUGACGGACGACGUGGUGAUGACCUUCGAGUACGGCCGGCCCACGGUCAUGGUCCUGGAGAAGUCCCUGGACAACGGGCGCACGUGGCAGCCCUACCAGUUCUACGCCGAGGACUGCAUGGAGGCCUUCGGCAUGUCCGCCCGCCGGGCCCGCGACAUGUCGUCCUCCAGCGCCCACCGCGUGCUCUGCACCGAGGAGUACUCGCGAUGGGCAGGCUCCAAGAAGGAGAAGCACGUGCGAUUCGAGGUGCGGGACCGCUUCGCCAUCUUUGCCGGCCCAGACCUGCGCAACAUGGACAACCUCUACACGCGGCUGGAGAGCGCCAAGGGCCUCAAGGAGUUCUUCACCCUCACCGACCUGCGCAUGCGGCUGCUGCGCCCCGCGCUGGGCGGCACCUACGUGCAGCGGGAGAACCUCUACAAGUACUUCUACGCCAUCUCCAACAUCGAGGUCAUUGGCAGGUGCAAGUGCAAUCUGCACGCCAAUCUGUGCUCCGUCCGGGAGGGCAGCCUGCAGUGCGAGUGCGAGCACAACACCACCGGCCCUGACUGCGGCAAGUGCAAGAAGAACUUCCGCACCCGGUCCUGGCGGGCCGGCUCCUACCUGCCGCUGCCCCACGGCUCUCCCAAUGCCUGUUCCGCUGCAGGUUCCUUUGGCAACUGCGAAUGCUACGGCCACUCCAACCGCUGCAGCUACAUUGACUUCCUGAAUGUGGUGACCUGCGUCAGCUGCAAGCACAACACGCGAGGUCAGCACUGCCAGCACUGCCGGCUGGGCUACUACCGCAACGGCUCGGCGGAGCUGGACGAUGAGAACGUCUGCAUCGAGUGUAACUGCAACCAGAUAGGCUCCGUGCACGACCGGUGCAACGAGACCGGCUUCUGCGAGUGCCGCGAGGGUGCGGCGGGCCCCAAGUGCGACGACUGCCUCCCCACGCACUACUGGCGCCAGGGCUGCUACCCCAAUGUGUGCGACGACGACCAGCUGCUGUGCCAGAACGGAGGCACCUGCCUGCAGAACCAGCGCUGCGCCUGCCCGCGCGGCUACACCGGCGUGCGCUGCGAGCAGCCCCGCUGCGACCCCGCCGACGACGACGGCGGCCUGGACUGCGACCGCGCGCCCGGGGCCGCCCCGCGCCCCGCCACCCUGCUCGGCUGCCUGCUGCUGCUGGGGCUGGCCGCCCGCCUGGGCCGCUGAGCUCCGCCCGGGGGACGCGCCCUGCACCCGGGGCUGAGGGUCCCGGGGUCCCGGAGCGGGGCCGGCGUCCGAGGCCGGGCGGCGAGAAGGGUGCGGCCAGAGCUGCUCCCAGGUGCUACUCAGCAGGGCCCCCCGCCCGGCCCGCGCUCCCGCCCGCACUGCCCUCCCCACGCAGCAGGGGCGCCUUGGGGCUCCGGCCCCCGCGCCUGCCAUUUGGUUUCGUUUUUCUUUUCUAUUAUCUGCCGCCCCGUUCCUUUUUUUUUUUUUUUUUAAAUUUCUCUCUCUUUUUUUUUUUUUUUGGCUGGCGGUGAGCCAGGGGGUCUGGAGAAACGCUGCUCGCCCCACACCGCGUCUUGCCUCCCACCAUACCGACACACACGGGACCGUGGCCAACGCCCCGUGGCCUGUCUUGGGCUCACCGGCGGCGGCGCAUCCCGACCUCCAGUUGCCUACAAUUCCAGUCGCUGACUCGAUCCUGUUUUCUAUUCUUUCUUUAUUUUUCCCCGCAAUCCACCAGACCCCAGGCCUCACCGGAGGCCGGGUGACCACGGAACUCACCGUCUGGGGGAGGGGAGAGAAGGAAGGGGUGGGAGGCCUGGACACUGAUUUGUAGAGAACUAUUUUUGUUUGUAUUCACUGUCCCCUGUAGGGGUUACGGGGCGGGAACGCUGGUCACCGCGGGGGUCCAUGGCGUAGAAUCCGAGGAGUAAAGAGUCUGCUCACUGCUGCCUCCA